UCUGCAGAUGAGAGGCAGCGGAAACUUGAGCGUGUCUCGAUCUGACGCAGACAGAGAUGCUGCCGUACAAUAACAGCGACUGCUUAUAAUGCCACUAAAGAUCGCGAACGGAUGACAGCAACCCUGCGCGUGCACUGGACAUGAGACUGGCGGCGCGUUCACACACAGCAGCAAGUGUGCAUUGGCGAUCUAGUCACGUUUAACUUCAGCCGAGUGACGGAUCCACCAUGUUCACCGCUGCAACUUUCCAGAGUCUCCUGUUGGCUGCGAUCUGUCUCGUAAGUUUGGCCGUCCCACAUGGCAGAGCUUUGGAGAACCCCGAACGCCCAGGAGACCUUCAAGGAGAAGAUAAAGAGUCAGCAUCAGCUCUACUAAAGGACAGAUCACUCAAUUCAGACUCAUUCAGUCUGACGCUCCCCAACACAUCCCUCAGCAUCACCGCUGGAGAACCCAACACCACACACACGUCUGCUCCGGAUGGACCGGCUGAGGAGGAAACGGUCAGCAGAGCGACAGCGGAUGGAAACGAGGGCGAGACGCACGACGGGCAGCGGAACGCGACGGCUCCGUCCUCUGGAGGAUCUCACGUCUCUCUUUCUGUGACGACGCCUCCUGCUGGAGAUCUGGAGAGGAGCCACACGCUUCAGUUGAACUCAUCUGAGGAGGACAGAAGACUGACUCCUUCAGCUCUCCCGUCAGACUCGUUCAGCCUCUCGCCGCUCAUCGGCGGCACCAGCGGAGACUCGUUGGUUGGAUUCGCAGGUGAAUCUGGACCGAGCUUCAGCUCCAGACUGCUGGACGCGCCUGAUACCUGGACGGAAGCGGAUCGUCUGCGGGCAGAGGAAGUGAGCGUGCUGCCCUCGUCUCAAGACGUCAGCACAGAGGCCACCAUGUCCUCCGAAGACCUUCCUUUGAUUUUUGAGCCGUUCGAGGACGUCACAGUACCUGGAGCAUCAUCCGAACUGUCUGUCACCAUGACGCCAGCGGCCGUAACCACGGGAGAUGCAGAGCUGGAGCAGAUGGUGUCCAUGGAUACGGAUCACACUUCCUCUGAUGUCAGCCUCUCAAGAAUGCUGGAGACGUCUGGAGCGAAAGAGCCAAUCACAGAACCCCACCCGACAGCGGAGCACUAUGGGACGACACAACCAGGUGAUGACAUCACACAGAGCUCCGUUACCCAUCAGGCUCUGACGGUCUCUGAGGUCGUUCACGUACCGGUGUCAAAACCAAAGACAGACACGGAGUAUCACGAAUCGAAAGAGGAGCCUGAUGAAGAUGAGGAGGACGAGGAGAUGGACUCUGAUGAGGAGGAGGAGGAGAGCGAAGAGGACCUGACAGAGAGCACCAUGGCACCCCACACUCGUCCGCCGUACAGCCUCAUUCCUCCUCCUCCCGUCUGGGUGCAGCGGAACCAAGGCCUGGUGCGGAGCUGGGUCGAACUUAUAAGAGAGAAGGCUGGUUACGUGUCGGGGAUGCUGGCUCCUGUGGGUAUUGGAAUAGCCGGCGCUCUUCUUCUGGUCGGUGCUCUCUACAGCAUCAGAGUGAUCCAUCGCAAGAGGAGGAACAGUUUCAAACACCAGAGGAGGAAGCCACCCAGAGAAGUGCGCAGCGGCCCAGACAACGCCAUGCUGCUGGCCGACAGCUCCGAAGACGAGUUCUGAUGAUCGGGAAUCAUCUGUUCUUCAGUCCGGUUUAGUGUUUCACACAAACACAGAUGAGGAAACACACAGUAUAUACAGUCAGUACAUUUAUCAAUGGAUUUUUCUUUCAAUAUCGCAAUAAGAAGCUUUUUUCUUCAAGCAUCUAGACUCUUUUAAAAAACGUAUGUGAAACUGACAUUUAAAAUCUUCAAAACAGCAUUAUUUUAGUCAAAUUUUCUGUUUUAAUUUAAUUUUUGGUCAAUUUUAGUAGUUCUUUAGUAGUUUAGCAGGUUUUUUUUUUUUUUUUUUUUUUAAAUAUAUGCCCACAUAGUUUUUAAUUUUUAUUUCAAUUUUAACAUUAUUUAUUUGAUUGCAUCAUGUAUAACUAAAUGAAAAUUAGAAAUUUUAGACUGGCAACUUUGUUUUUGGAAAAAAAGUAUUUUUAAUUUUAUUUUCAGGUAAAAAAAAAUGUGUGUGUGUGUGUGUGUGUGUGUGUGUGUGUGUUUUUUUUAAUAGUUUUAAUUUUAUUUUCAAUUUUAGUCAACAAUAAUAACCUGUCUUAAAGUAUCUUGGGUGAAUAUGAAUAUUAAUUUUCAGUAACUCAAACCAGUUCAUUGUCAAUUAUUCCAAUCCUAUGUGUUUGUUUCAUGAUAUUUUUCAGGUUUUGGUCUAUAAAACGUGUAGAAUUACUUUCCACCGAUGAAGUAUCUGCUGUAAGACGCCGUCAUUAGUUCAGAAACACCUGAAACGUCUGUCAGCCAAUCAGAAUCCAGUAGUAAACGGUGAAAUAGUGAUAAAAUAAUAGUGUUUUCAUUCAUCAAACUCAAAACACACAAUGCUUUACGAUUCUGCAAGAUAUGCUGCUUAGGACAAAAUCUAUAAAACACAACAUCACCAGACAUAUUAAUCGUUUCAUUUAGAAAAUAUGAAAUCGUUACAUAUUAAAAUGAAUCCUGUAAAUUAAAGCACUGAUGCAACAUACGAUUUAAAUCUUUGACAUCAGCGUUAAACAGUUUAUAAACACUUUGAUCUGUUUUAUAUAAAUGGAGACAUUUCUGAUUACUGACCUCACGUUCACACACAUCAUGACAGGAGAUGUUGUACAUACAGUGUACAGGACGUUUUGACUGUAAAUAUGAUUGUUCUGAUGUUGUUUCAUGUUGUAAUGACAAUCUGAUGUGUGUAGUUCGAUAUGAACUCAUUUCAUGUGCCUACACGUGACGUGUUUGUGAUUCAUUUGAUAAACUGAACUCUGAUUAGAAACAUGAAUUCACUGCAGGCUUCUUAUAAUAUUUCUGUCAAAGUUGUGAAAAAUCUUUACAGUAAGAGGAUGUUCAUUAUCCUGCAAAUGUACAGAAACACAUGAAGAACCACAGCACAUUACUGUAAAUACACAAACAAUAAAAGAUCAAAUCAUG